CACCUCGAAGAGGGCGGCCGGAGCGAGCGCAGCGCUGCGCUGGGACCCGGACUGGGGGUGGGGAGACGAGCCCCGGCCGAGGCGAGGGCCACCCCUUGGUUCUCUGCCCUAGCGCCCCGCCAGGGCCAGGCUUUUGGGCUCUUGGGACUUUCGGAGCUUGCUCUAUCCCAUGUUUAUGGGCAGUCACAACCACCUCUUGUUAUUGGGCUCUUGUGAAAGCGAUUUUUGACCAAUUUGGUUGUUUUUUUAAAAAAAGGUGUAUGACUGGAAACCUUGGAUUCUACUACAAACCUUGCCAUUUAGUACUUCUGUAACUUUGAGUGCACAAAAGCUUUAAACAAGUGAAAUCUAGACAACAGGCUCCCUGAAGUGUUGACAGCCCAACUUAAUCAUGACCGUGAUUCAAAAAUGUUAAUAAAUAAACCAAGACCAUGGGGAAUUCAUAUGCUGGGCAACUGAAAUCUGCUCAAUUUGAGGAAGCUCUCCACAACUCCAUAGAAGCGUCUCUCAGAUGUAGUAGUGUGGUACCACGGCCAAUUUUUUCCCAGCUGUACUUGGACCCUGACCAGCAUCCUUUCUCAUCUGCAGAUGUGAAACCCAAAGUGGAGGAUCUGGAUAAAGAUUUGGUACACCGCUACACUCAAAAUGGAAGCCUGGAUUUUUCUAACAAUCUAACAGUUAAUGAAAUGGAAGAUGAUGAAGAUGAUGAAGAAAUGUCUGAUUCAAAUAGCCCACCAAUUCCCUAUUCACAAAAACCUGCCCCGGAAGGGUCUUGCACUACAGAUGGUUUUUGUCAAGCGGGAAAGGAUUUGCGUUUGGUAUCUCUGUGUAUGGAACAAAUCGACAUCCCAGCAGGAUUCCUCCUGGUGGGGGCCAAGUCUCCCAAUCUUCCUGAGCACAUCCUAGUGUGUGCUGUAGACAAGCGAUUUCUACCAGAUGAUCAUGGGAAAAAUGCACUUUUAGGGUUUUCUGGAAACUGUAUCGGCUGUGGAGAAAGAGGAUUUCGGUAUUUCACAGAAUUUUCCAACCAUAUUAACUUGAAGCUCACCACCCAGCCAAAGAAGCAGAAGCACUUAAAGUACUACCUAGUCAGAAGCUCCCAGGGUGUACUGUCGAAGGGACCUCUUAUCUGCUGGAAAGAAUGUAGAAGCCGACAAUCCUCUGCUACUUGCCACUCUAUGAAACCAAACUCUUCAGUAUCGUCAACUGUGACUCCGGAAAAUGGCACAACCAAUGGAUACAAAUCAGGAUUCAUUCAGACAGAUUCGCCAAUUCUCAGUCCAGCUAAUUCUGCAAUCAAUUUAAGUGGAGCUCAGGACCUGACCCGGAAUAAGAAUGUUGUGAAGCCACUGGCUUUAUCUUUGCAGGUUGUAGGGAAGACUUUUGCCGCAGAUGCUGCUAAUGGAAACAGUAGCCAUGGAGGGAAGAGCAGUGCAGCCAGCUGCACUCCAGCUCGCCCAGGGAAUUACUCUUUGUCACCAAGACCUAGCUAUGCAUCAGGAGACCAAGCUACCAUGUUCAUUUCUGGGCCACCAAAGAAACGACACCGGGGAUGGUAUCCUGGGUCACCUGUCCCACAACCUGGUUUAGUUGUACCUGUUCCUACAGUUCGCCCUCUUUCAAGAACUGAGUCCCUUUUAUCUGCUCCAGUUCCACAGACCCCAUUAACUGGAAUUUUACAACCUCGACCCAUUCCUGCAGGGGAAACUGUAAUUGUUCCUGAAAACCUGCUGAGUAACUCAGGAGUUAGACCAGUAAUUCUGAUAGGCUAUGGCACUUUACCCUAUUUCUAUGGAAAUGUUGGUGACAUUGUUGUGAGUCCUCUGCUGGUGAAUUGCUACAAGAUUUCACAGUUGGAAAACAAAGAUUUGGAACACUUAGGGUUGACUGGCAGCCAACUCCUGAGCGUCGAAAACAUGAUUCUUCUGACGAUACAGUAUCUUGUACGGCUAGGUCCUGAUCAGAUACCUCUCAGGGAAGAAUUUGAGCAAAUCAUGCUGAAGGCUAUGCAGGAAUUUACUCUGAGAGAGAGAGCCCUGCAGCUGGGUGCUCAGUGUACCCCUGUGUCUCCAGGACAACUCCCCUGGCUUGCGAGACUAAUCGCCAGCGUAUCUCAAGACUUGGUUCAUGUGAUCGUGACCCAAAACUCUUUGGCCGAGGGCAUUUCAGAGACACUGAGGACUCUCAGUGAAAUGAGACACUAUCAAAGACUACCAGAUUAUGUGGUGGCGAUUUGUGCUUCAAAAAUCAGAGGAAACGAAUUUUGUGUGGUAGUGUUAGGUCAGCAUCAGUCCAGAGCUCUGGCAGAGAGCAUGCUCACCACAAGUGAGUUUUUGAAAGAAAUUAGUUACGAGCUCAUCACAGGAAAGGUCAGUUUCCUGGCAUCACAUUUCAAAACCACAUCAUUAGGCGAGGACCUGGACAAGCUGCUAGACAAAAUGCAACAGAGAAGAGGAGAGAGUGUGGUGACCCCUUUCAAUGGAGAUCUUAACGAGUGUGUGUCAGCUCAGGAGGCUGCCGCUAUGAUACCCACGCAAAACCUGGAUUUAGAUAAUGAGACCUUCCAAAUUUACCAACCACAGCUAACGGUUGCCAGAAAACUCUUAUCCCAGGUGUGUGCUAUCGCAGACAGCGGCAGCCAGAGCCUGGACCUGGGCCAUUUCAGCAAAGUGGACUUUAUCAUCAUUGUCCCAAGAUCGGAGGUUCUGGUCCAGCAAACUCUUCAACGGAUUCGACAAUCAGGUGUCCUUGUAGACUUGGGUCUGGAGGAAAAUGGGACGGCUUAUCAGAGAGCAGAGAAAUAUGUUGUUCGUCUAGACAAUGAGAUUCAAACCAAGUUUGAAGUUUUUAUGAGAAGGGUAAAACAGAACCCGUACACACUGUUUGUGCUGGUUCAUGACAACUCCCAUGUGGAACUAACGAGUGUCAUUUCGGGUUCUUUGUCACAUGGCGAACCCAGUCAUGGAUUGGCUGAUAGAGUCAUUAACUGCAGAGAAGUCCUGGAAGCUUUCAAUCUGCUGGUGCUCCAGGUUAGCUCCUUCCCAUACACACUACAGACCCAACAGUCUCGAAUCAGCUCCAGCAAUGAAGUUCACUGGAUACAGCUGGACAGCAUGGAGGACAUGAGCUGCCAGGAGAAGCUGUAUUUUGGCCUGAAUGAAUACAGUAAGUCUCUACAGUGGGGAAUCACAAGCCCCCUUCUGAGAUGUGAUGAGACUUUUGAAAAAAUGGUGAACACUCUCUUGGAAAGGUACCCCAGGCUGCACAGCAUGGUUGUCCGCUGCUACCUUCUCAUCCAGCAGUACUCAGAGGCUCUGAUGGCUCUCACCACCAUGGCGUCGCUCCGAGACCACAGCACCCCGGAGACACUCAGCAUUAUGGAUGACCUCAUCAGCUCCCCGGGAAAAACCAGAAGUGGGAGGGGACACAUGCUCAUUAUCAGGGUGCCCUCCGUGCAGCUGGCGAUGUUGGCCAAAGAGCGGCUGCAGGAGGUACGCGACAAGCUGGGGUUGCAGUACCGCUUCGAGAUCAUCCUCGGGAACCCUGCCUCUGAACUCAGUGUCGCAACGCACUUUGUGGCACGAUUAAAGACCUGGAGAGGAAAUGAACCAGAAGAGUGGACCCCUCGGACAUACCAAGAUUUAGAAGGUCUGCCUUGUAUCGUGAUAUUAACUGGCAAAGAUCCUCUUGGAGAAACCUUUCCCAGGUCUUUGAAGUACUGUGACCUGCGGCUCAUCGACUCAAGCUACUUAACUCGCACAGCCUUGGAGCAGGAGGUGGGUCUGGCGUGCUGCUACGUCUCAAAAGAGGUCAUCCGGGGCCCUGCUGUUGCCCUGGACCUUAGCGGGAAGGAGCAGGAGAGAGCCACUGCCAGCGAGAAUGACGCUGAUGAGCUGCUGAUCGACCUGGAGAGGCCACAGAGCAACAGUAGUGCUGUCACUGGAACCUCGGGCUCCAUCAUGGAGAACGGGGUGAGCUCUUCCAGCACCGCCGACAAGUCCCAGAAGCUGUCGCUGACCCCCGGCUUCCAGAGCCCAGCCAACAGCAUGGGGCUGGAUGAAGGGGUCUCCACGGGCACAGCAGGAGCUGGGGAGACCCUGAAGCAGGAGUGCGAUUCCCUGGGCCCCCAGAUGGCCAGCAGCACCACCUCCAAGCCGUCCUCGUCGUCGUCCUCCUCCUCGGGUCCCCGGGCCCUAGCGUGGCCCGGGCAGGCGCCCCAGGGCUGCGGGGGCCUGCACGCCACCCUGCCCCCGAUCGUGAUCUUAUCGAAGGCGGCCUACAGCCUGCUGGGCUCCCCGCGAGGCGGCAAGCCGCCCGCGUCCUCCUCGCUGCUGCCGCACGCCGACGUGGCCUGGGUGAGUUCCCUGCGGCCGCUGCUGCACAAGGACAUGAGCAGCGAGGAGCAGUCCCUCUACUACCGGCAGUGGACCUCGGCGCGACAGCACCACGCCGACUUCAGCAACCAGCCGGACCCCGCUUCUGGCGCCCGCACCUGCCACCCCCGGCGGCUGCUGCUGACCGGCCCCCCUCAGGUGGGGAAGACCGGCUCCUACCUGCAGUUCCUGAGGAUCCUCUUCCGCAUGCUCAUCAGGCUCCUGGAGGUGGACGUGUAUGAUGAGGGGGAGAUCAACACGGAUCACAGUGAAAGCAGUGAGGUCAGCCAGUCAGAGGGAGAGCCCUGGCCUGACAUCGAGAGCUUCAGUAAAAUGCCCUUUGACGUCAGCGUACACGAUCCCAAGUACCGUUUGAUGAGCCUAGUCUAUACGGAGAAGCUGGCAGGGGUCAAGCAAGAAGCAAUAAAGGAUGCCAAAGCCGAGGAGCCCAGGAAGCGAGGAACGGUGUCCAUGAUGCUGACCAAGUAUGCGGCCUACAACACCUUCCACCACUGCGAGCAAUGCCAACAGUACAUGGACUUCACCUCUGCCUCCCAGAUGUCUGACUCCACUCUUCACGCAUUCACGUUCUCUUCCUCUAUGCUGGGAGAAGAGGUGCAGCUCUAUUUCAUCAUUCCCAAGUCCAAAGAGAGUCAUUUUGUCUUCAGCAAGCAAGGCAAACACCUGGAGAGCAUGCGGCUGCCCCUGGUGUCAGACAAGCAGAAUUUGAAUGCAGUCAAGAGCCCUAUUUUCACUCCUUCCAGUGGUCGCCAUGAGCACGGACUCCUAAACCUCUUUCAUGCCAUGGAGGGCAUCAGCCACCUGCACCUUCUGGUGGUCAAAGAAUAUGAGAUGCCUCUGUACCGCAAGUACUGGCCCAACCACAUCAUGCUGGUGCUCCCUGGGAUGUUCAACAACGCAGGCGUGGGUGCUGCCAGGUUUCUCAUUAAGGAGCUGUCCUACCACAAUCUGGAACUGGAGAGGAACCGCCUGGAAGAACUGGGAGUUAAACGCCAGUGUGUCUGGCCUUUCAUCGUUGUGAUGGAUGACUCGUGUGUUCUGUGGAACAUUCACAGUGUUCAGGAUCAGAGCAGCCAGCCCAUGGAAGCAGGAGUUUCCAGUAAGAAUGUGUCCUUAAAGAGUGUCUUGCAGCAUAUUGAAGCAACACCAAAAAUCAUCCACUAUGCAAUCCUGGGCAUACAGAAAUGGAGCAGCAAGUUGACUUCUCAGAGCCUGAAAGCCCCAUUUUCUAGGUGCCAUGUGCAUGACUUCAUUCUCCUUAACAUAGACUUGACUCAGAAUGUACAGUACGACUUCAACAGGUAUUUCUGUGAAGAUGUUGACUUUAACCUGAGAACAAACAGUAGUGGCCUGCUCAUCUGCCGCUUUAAUAACUUCAGUCUCAUGAAGAAACAUGUUCAGGUUGGAGGGCAACGGGACUUUAUCAUUAAACCAAAGAUCAUGGUGUCAGAGAGCUUAGCACCCAUCUUGCCCCUUCAGUAUGUCUGUGCUCCCGACAGUGAACAUACACUACUGGCAGCCCCUGCGCAGUUUCUCCUGGAGAAGUUCCUUCAGCACGCUUCCUACAAACUCUUCCCCAAAGCCAUCCAUAACUUCAAGAGUCCUGUGUUGGCCAUUGACUGCUACCUUAACAUUGGACCAGAGGUGGCCAUAUGCUACGUCAGCUCCAGGCCCCACUCCAGCAAUGUCAGCUGUGAAGGGGUGUUUUUCAGUGGACUUCUCUUGUACCUCUGUGACUCUUUUGUAGGUGCUGAUCUUCUGAAGAAAUUUAAGUUUCUAAAAGGUGCUACCCUAUGUGUCAUCUGCCAAGACAGAAGCUCCUUACGCCAAACAAUUGUCCGCUUAGAGCUAGAGGAUGAGUGGCAGUUCCGCCUCCGGGACGAGUUUCAAACCGCUAACAGCAGUGAUGACAAGCCCCUCUACUUUCUUACUGGCCGCCACGUAUGACCUUUGGAAGAGACCAAACACAGCAAAGGGAUGCCUAGGUGGGGUGGGGCAGAAACAAUUACUUGGGAUUUUUUUCCUUUAAGGUACAAUCACUGUGGAGCAAAGUGCAACAUAUUUGUUCUCCAAAGAAAUCCACCCCUCCAACCCCAAUCUGACCCAGGUCUUUGGGGCUAUCAUUCUCUUUCAGUUCCACUGUCAGGACCUUAAAUUCAGGUUAACUCCACCCUAGGCAGUUAUGCAAUUACUUAAGACAUGGUCUGCCAUGGGAGCCUGAGGAGGACGUACUUGGAGAAUGAACAUGGAGUUUGCAUUGUUUUUUCUACUACACUAUGUUAGGGGGAAAACAGACUCUCGGCAUUAGCUAGUCUGAAUGUGUUACGAGACUCACACCGUUGGUGUGGAAUUAAUUGAAGAUUAACGUUUGAGGCCUGAACCCUCAGUUUCUCUUCAGAUCUGUACUUUGGUACAGUAUUACUCAGGGGUCUGAAAUGAUAGAAUGUAGAAGAUAUUUGUAUUUUAAAAAAAAAAAGUAGCUUUGUCUUUCUCUGUGCAGUGUUAGUUUAAGAUUUAUAAUCUUAUAUGUAUUGAAACUUUUGGCAAAAUUUCCACAGGAGUUAAAAGUUUACUAUUUAAACUGAACAAACAAAUCAGUAAAUGCAGAGCAGGCGCUGUAUGCAUUUAUGCAGCUUCUCCUUGCUGAAAUUCCUUUGCUCUUUACAUUCUUUAAAAAUGUUUCCCGUCUCUAAGCACAGUAUGUCUAUGAGAAUAUGGACCAGCCUUUAAUCUUGAACAAGGAGAACCUAAUUCAGUAGUUGAGCCAAUUAAAAACUGUUCAGUGGUCACCCCAUACCCACCCUGUUUGGCUGGAACGAAGUAGCCGGCACCAGGAAAGCUAAACGUCAGGCUGCGGUUCUGUGUGGAGUAGAAGUAGUUUGUUUCCUUUCAGGGCCUCAACCAAAGCUUCCUUUAAAAGACACUGAAUGAUUAUCACCUACCUUAUACCGACAACACCACAAAAAUUAAUGAAAUGGGAAACAGAGCCAGAGAGAGAGAGAGAGAGAGAGAGACAUAACCAGUUUUAAUCCUACCAGUGAUUCUCUUGUUAAGAAGAAAGAAAGAUUCCAUUACAUAAUGUCUCUGACUCAGCUAAAAUCAGCAGGGGGUGUUUGUUCAAUAUCAGCCGUGUAAGUUUCUACAGAUUUCUCACCAAUAUAUUUUAAUCAAAAACAGACUUUUAGAAAAUGUUCUAGAACCAACUAAGUCUAUUAGAAGUUUAUGCUUAAAUUACAGUUAUCAUUAAACAAUCUCCUUCACAUUUUUAUUAGCCCAUAUAUACCACUUAAAAUGGCCAUUUUUACUUGAAUUGAUGUCUUAUCUGUGGCCUGAAACUACUGAAAGGGGGCUGAUUAACCCUGCAUUUACUUAAAACAAAUGAUGUUAACUGACCAGCUUUAUUAGCUUAUGAUAACAAGGAGUUUACAGUAGUGAAAAGAUGGAAUGUACUAAUCUGAAAAUGGUUUGCAGAUCUCUUGAUUUUAAUAUAGCUACUUAUGACGCUUUAAAUGUAUUUUGAAAUGAACAAUUCCUUUAAACCCCAUUUUUAAAAUUGUCCUUCAAAGAGAAUCUGCCUUAUGUAUUCUUUAAAAAUACUCCUUAAUUUUAGUACAACAGAAUUUUUGGUGAAGAGGUACGUUUUGAAGCAGGUUGCUUUAGAAAUGAAUGUAUUUCAAUUGUUCCUGUUUUGCUGAAAGGGCCUAAUGCAGAUGAUAUCAAGAAACCCACUGUUUGUGCAAUAUUCCAAUAACAUUUACUAUAUAGAGCAAAUAAGAUACUUGAAAUAAUUCCAAAACAGUUGUACCUGGGGCAGAUGGCUUCUCAGGGUUUCUUCAGGCUUUAGGGCUUCAAAGUCUAAAGUGUGUUUUUUAAAGUAGUAACUUUAGAUGCAGGUACUCCAUGGUACUCUGAAAAAUCAAGUAACUGAUCUCUUAAAUACUACUUAACCCUAUGGAAGAGAAAUGCCAGAAAAAAGCCAAAGGACCGUCACCCCCAUGAUGGAGAAUUCCAACUGACCUCCCUAUUCUUUCCAAUGCCUGUAAUCCUAAGGUCUGGAUCUUUAAAAAUCACCUUAACAGUAUAAUUCUUUAGAGAAUGUUAGGUCCUUCUCCUUUAAGGAUAAAAUUGCACAAGCACAGGACACCAUGAUUUGUUAAUACAUACCUUGGUGUGUUCAGCUUCAAGCCUUGCCAUCCUUUAGAACAUUGUGGUAUGAGUGUGUUUGCUAGGCCUGCAUAAUAACUAAUCUAUAGACCUGUUGAACCUUGUCAUGUAGGACAGUUCACACAGGUUAAUACUGAAUGUAAACUAAAAUUAGAAUGAGAAUUGUAUUCAGUUAUUUUGGCUGUAACUUAUGCAAUUGCUUUUUGUGAUUUUUUAGAAAAGGAGGCACCUGUGUUACUUUAUUACUGUAAAGUUUUCUCAACCAAAAUUUGGUGAAUUUCACUAGUUGGUCUACCUCACAUUUUGUUUAUGAUUCUAAAUUGUCUUAAGUUGUGUCUACAGUAUGUUGUCCUUUUGUUUAAUUUGGUGAAUGUAUUAAAAUUCUCUCCCAUCCCCCUCCCCCCCCC